AUGAAGGCUUUGCUCUCCGUUGCGUGCUUGGUCUCUCUGCUGGUCCUCGCUACUGCAGAGUCUGUGGCUGAGGUCACAAGCCAUGUUGGCUCCGAGGAUGAGCCGCUCAUGCGAUUACAGCUGCAGCAGCCGGAGGGUGAUCUGUUCCCCUGUGGCUGUGACCCUACAGAGGAACUUGCCCAGAGCUCUUCCAAUGACACACCUGCCCCAGAAAGAACAGCCUGCAAACCCUGUGCCACCAGCCCAGACUUGGGCCAAAUAGUGGAGGACACCAGCUCCGCCAAAGAGGAGGAGGAGGAAGAUGAGGGAGUUGCCACUGAGGAGGACCUUUCUGUGACUGAGGCAGAAGAGGAAGAUUCUCAGGAGGAGGCCAUAGAGGAAGUAGAUGAAGGAACAUCAGAGGAGGAGGUUGUUGGUGAGCAUGUUGAGGGAUCUGAGGCUGUGGAGGGAGAAGCUGUGGAAGAUGAGGAGAUUCCCGCAGAAGCUAGAGAGGAGGAGGAUACUGAAGAGGAGACAGAAAUUGAGACUGAAGCUGGAGAGCAGCCUGAAACCUUGGAAGAGCCUGCUGUAGAGGAGGAGGUGGCACAGGAGGAAACUGUGGAGGAACCUGCAGUGGAAGAAGAACAGGUCACACCAGAGGAGGUUACUGCAGAGGAACCUGAAGAGGUGGUGGAGGUGGCUCAGGAGGAGGAGGCAGUUCCAGAGGAGGAGGUGUCUGAGAGUGUCGAAGAGGAGGCAGUGGAGGACGUUCCUUUAGAAGAUAAAGAGUCAGCAGAAGAGUUAGUGGAAGCGGCUGAGGAGACUGUAACAACUGAAGAGGAGUCAGCUGAGGUACUAGAGAUUGUCCCAGAAGAGACAGCGGACAUAGUGGAAGAGCCUGCUGUGGAGGAGCCUGAGAUCCCUGCAGAAACUGAAGAGGUGGUGGCAGAGCCGGAACCAGAGGAGAAAGCCACUGAAGCUAUUGAGGAGAUUGUAGUGGAAGAAGUGGUUGUUGCUGAGGAGGCUGAAGAAGCAGCUCCUGAAAAGGCAGAAGCAGCUGAAGAUGUUCCAGAGAUUACAGUUGAGGAGGUUGUGGAAGCCGUCGUGGAAGAGGUACCUGCUGAAGAACCAGCACCCAUUGUAACUGCGAAAGCAGCUGAAGAGGCAAUGCCAACACGACCUGCGAAAAGGGACCGAUCUCAUAUUGAAGAAACCCUGCAUCUUGCUGCAGCUGAGCCCUCAAAAGAGUAUGCAGAUGCUCUUAAAAAAUUACAGCAUAUCUACCACACUGCCAUAAAGCCUAUGGAAAAGGCUUACAAAUAUAAUGAACUGAGACAACAUGAGGUCUCAGAUGCAGAAAUCACCUCCAAGCCCAUGGUGCUCUUUCUGGGUCCCUGGAGCGUUGGCAAAUCUUCCAUGAUCAAUUACUUACUGGGCCUCCAUAACACACCACAGGAACUCUACACAGGUGCUGAACCCACUACCUCUGAGUAUACAGUGAUCAUGCAUGGUGAGAAAGUGCGCACCAUCGAGGGUAUUGUCAUGGCAGCAGACAGUUCUCGCUCGUUCUCACCCCUGGAGAAGUUUGGCCAGGGUUUUCUGGAGAAACUGGUGGGCAUCGAGAUGCCUCACACACUUCUGGAGAGAGUCACCUUAGUUGACACACCUGGGAUUAUUGAGAACCGCAAACAACAGGAGAGAGGCUAUCCCUACAAUGAUGUCUGUCAGUGGUUCAUUGACCGUGCCGAUCUGAUCUUCCUGGUAUUCGACCCCACCAAGCUGGACGUAGGCUUGGAGCUGGAGAUGCUCUUCAGGCAGAUGAAGGGCAGAGAGUCUCAGAUCCGCAUCAUCCUAAACAAAGCGGACACCCUGGCAACCCAAGACCUCAUGCGCGUCUACGGCGCCCUCUUCUGGAGCAUGGCUCCUCUCAUCAAUGUGACUGAGCCUCCUCGUGUCUACGUCAGCUCCUUCUGGCCCCAGGAUUAUGCCCCCGACACCAGCCGUGACCUCUUCAAACGUGAGGAAGUCUCUCUUUUGGAUGACCUCAAUCAGGUGAUCGAGAACCGCCUGGAGAACAAGAUCGCCUUCAUUCGCCAGCACGGUAUCCGCGUACGAAUCCACGCGCUCCUGGUCGACCGCUACCUGCAGACGUACUAUGAGAAGCUAGGCUGGUUCAGUGACCCCGAUGAGGUGUUCCGCGACAUUGUGAGUGACCCCGACAAAUUCUACAUUUUCAAGUCCAUAUUGGCCAAGACAAACGUCAGUAAAUUUGACCUGCCUGAACCAGAGGCAUACCGCGACUUCUUUGGGGUUAAUCCACCGAGCGGUUUUAAGCAGCUGUCAUACCACUGCAGCUGGUCUUCUGGCUGUCUUCUGGAGAAGAUAGAGAAGGCUAUCACAGAGGACUUGCCAGCUCUUCUCAGCAGCCUCGCUGAAAAGAAAGAAGCAAAAGCUGGACCUGCUUCUGAAACCUGCUCUGGCCCCAACUGUGAAGAGAAGCCCAAAAACCGUUGGCGAAGGCAAUAA